AUGCCUCCUAUCAACCCCAGGAAAAGACCUGCGCCAGGAUCAUCUCCCGCCUUCCAGACCUCACAAAUGCCCCAGUCAUAUACUGCAGCCAGCCAGGUGUCGAAUCCCGAGCUUUUGAGGUGGAAUCAGCAACCCGACAACGCAGCCUACCCAGACCCGGCCUUCAAUAUGAAUAAUUACAGCACGAAUGGGUUGUCGCAAGCUCCCUUUGAUCAGUCUAUCCCAGCAUCGUCAACUCAACUCGCACGCCGGCCAAUCAACCGUCAGCUUGUUCCAACAGGUCAACGAGGGACAUUUGAAACCUCCGAUACUUCUUGGGCCCAGUUCGGAGAAGAUCCUAUGUUGGAUACAACACAUGUCAAUGGUGCGCUGGAAGAGAAUGAUAACAUUGAGCUGCUCGAAGAGCGCGCCCAGUUGGCGAAGAGAGAUGCGCAAUCGAAGCGAAAACAAAUCCCUCCGUUUGUGCAGAAACUAAGCAGCUUUCUCGACAAGUCCGAAAACACAGAUCUCAUACGAUGGUCCGAUCGAGGCGACUCGUUUGUUGUACUGGACGAGGACGAGUUUGCGAAGACCUUGAUACCUGAGUUAUUCAAGCACAACAAUUAUGCAUCUUUCGUCCGACAACUGAACAUGUAUGGAUUCCAUAAGCGGGUGGGGCUGUCAGACAAUUCGAUGAAAGCCAGUGAGCGGAAGAAUAAGAGUCCCAGCGAAUACUACAAUCCCUACUUCAAGCGCGGACAUCCCAACCUAUUGUGGCUGAUCAACAAGCCAAAGGGUGGUGGUAACAAGGGCAAGAAGUCCAGAGUGAAAAAUGAGGAUGAUGGAGACAGUGAUGAUGAUGGAAAGGAUGUCGAGGAGGUCUACGGAAACAAUGUCCAGGCAUCCCGAGCGCUUUCUGCAGCACCAGAGUCUGGCCCUCUGCAGCGAAGAGAUGUUGCAAUACUUCAAAACCAACUCGCAGAGAUCCAGAAGCAACAAGGCGCUAUCACCAAUGCCAUACAACGAUUACGGAAAGAUCACAAUCAAUUAUACCAACAGUCUAUAGCUUUCCAGAACCUCCACGAUCGACACGAAAACUCCAUCAAUGCCAUCCUCACCUUCCUCGCAACAGUAUACAACAGGAGCUUGGACGGUCAGGGGCCCCAGAACAUUGCGCAGAUGUUCAAUGCUGGUAUACCUCACGCCGAGCAACAACAUCAGGGAAGCGUGGUAGAUAUUGGAGAUGUCACAAACCAACCACAACAGAAUCCAGGGAGCAUGAGUCCAAGUCCGCAUCGAAGAACUCAGCGCUUACUCAUGGCACCUCCAAGUGCUGGAGGACGAGCUACAACUGCCUCCCCAGCUGCUUCGACUCCACAAACACAAGGCUACUCAAAUACGCCUCAGCCAGUGAUAGAGGAGCUCUUCGACACCUCUCCCGCGGAUACGACUCAGAUGACUCCCGAUCCUCCUCGUCAACCUCAGCACAAUAUGAUGAUGAACAUUAUCAACAAUACAAACUCCCAAAGUCGAACCAACAAUGGGGCCAUGGAAUUCCCGGAAAUGCUGUCCCACUUCGAAAACUCCAAUGGCAACUCUCCUCUCACUUCCGAACAGCGCAAUACAAUGCUCAACAUGAUGGCCAGUACCUCCUCUGCGGCAGGCAACAACAAUGCUCUUGUCAGCCCCAUCCCUCCGCAGCCUCCUAGCUUGGAAGACCUUGGUUACACAGCGCAGGAAAUCGAAGAGUUGAAUCGGCUCCAGGCUGAGCAAGAAGCACGCAUACAAGACAUCAAAAAUGUAGUUGUGCCGCUCAGUCCUUCUGGUCGCAUUCCUGGGCUCGACAACGAAGACUAUUUCAACGGAACCGAGUCAUCUGACCCCAAUGCUGCGAACCUCGAUCUCGAUCAAUAUCUUGACAACAGCGCUUUCUAUACUGGAAGCAGUCCUGCACCUCAUGGCGACUAUUCAUUCGAUACUUUUGGCGAGCCUCCUGUUGGAGAUAGUCAUUUCGACCUUGGCAUGGACGGUACAAAUGACGGAGGACGAGUUGAGACAACAAAUAAUAGCGAAGCUGCGACUCCAGAAGAUGUUAUGGCCAGUCCCGAAGCCACGAACGGGUUGCGUAGUCCCACCAAGAGGCGAAGAAAGAAUUGA